UUAAGAAAUUAUAAUCAAAAUUAUCGGAAACGAAUAAUCGUCCUCAUCAAAUGUAUUGAUUCGAUAAAACAAAGACGAAUAGUAUUAUUCUCUUAUAUAUAACAAAUAUUAAUAAGACGAAACAGAAUGGGUGACAAUCAUUAUAAUAAGUAUAGCAAUGAAUUUCAACAUCCAUCACAUUAUCAAGUAAAAGCAAAUGUUACAUCGAACAAUGGUUCGAAUCAACAAUUUGGCUAUGAUGUUAAUGCAGCCAAUCAUUAUCAUCAUUCAAUGGUUGGAGCAAUCGGAACGCCCGGUUUCGAAUCAAAUACACAUUUAAGUUCCUUGUCAAAUUGUGUGAAACGUUUACAAACACAAUUGAAUCAAUAUUUGACAAAGAUUAUUGAUGAAGGAUCAGAUGGACCCACUAAUUAUAAUCUUGGUUCAGGUGAAGUACUGAACAGUCAUCUGAUGGAACAGUAUUCAUCAUCUGGAAUGGGUGGAGGAACAGGAACGACGACAUCAUCAGGGACAACAUCACCGAUUUCUGGUAUAGUUACCGCACCACCUAUGCCAAUAAAUCCAUCCGGUCAUAGUUCAUAUGGUCAUCAGACGGUUCCGAAUAUAGCCGCUGAUCAAGCUGCAGUCAAUAAUGGCUAUAGCUAUUAUAGUAACUAUCCCACAAAUUAUCCGGCUUAUCCAACCGGACCAAAUCCUUAUCAUCCUCAUACACAUCAUCAUCCAGCAAUGACAUCGGCUGUCGAUUAUUAUAAUCAACAAUCACAUCAUCUUUUACAGCAACAACACCCACCACCAUCCUCAUCAUAUGCAAAUUUUCAAGAACCAAAGAGCAAAAAACAAAAAAAUAAAUAAAAGUGAAUAAUCUACAUCCUGUUGGUAGGGGAUUGCAUCUUAUUCUUUUUGUUUGCUUCAUGAAUUUUGCAUUCUGAACUUAAAUAAGGAUCGCUGUCCGGAUGACCGACACACUGAAUCUUUGAACAAUUUUUUCCCUUAAUUUUUCUACUGUAUAUUAUUAUGAACGAUUAUUAUAAAAAUCGUUGAUCAUCGAUUACAAUGUAUUACUAUCAAUUAUAAUUACUAUAUUAUUAACUCUGAUAUGGUUUUAUUAUGAUUCAAUUUGUCUGCUUCGAUCUUAAUAUUUUUUUCCUUCGUUUUUUUUUGUAUUAUUCUUAAUUUUGUCCCAACAUGAUAUUUUUCAUUUUAUAUGUUCAACACAUGCACAUACACACACCAAAAAAAA